AUGAACACUCACUUCGCCCUCGUUGCCAUCGCCCUGACUCUUGCUGCCUCGGUGAACGCUGAUCACUGCAACGAAGGCCAGCAGCAAGCUGCAUUUGUUUCGAUGUCGGGACUCGUGUCUUCGCCGGAUCUUGUAGGGUGCGCGAGCAAAUCGGGUUUCGACUUGAUGUCGUCCAAGACGUCGCCGAACGCCGCGCAGGAAGCCGCCAUGUGCAACGCGAACGAGUGCCACAACCUCAUCAAGCUAGUGCAGAACUCAAACCCGCCCAAUUGCGAGCUGUGGAUCCCAACGAGCCAAAUCUUCUUCAACGUCAAGGCCAUGGCCGACGGCUUUGAACCCAAGUGCAAGUCUUCGACCUCUGCGCGGUCCAUUGACGAGCCCAUCGACCUGAUGGACUUGAUGGCCGGUCUGGCCUCAUCCGUGUCCGAAGACGUCGAGAAGGCCGAGCCGAGCAACGGCGUGGCUGGAUCGCGCACUCCUGUGUCGUUGUCGCUCAACGAGGACGACGAGAAGCUCAAGGAGAACGACGACACGCCCGAGCAGGACGACGACACGCCCGAGCAGGACGACGAGACGGCCAAGCAAAACCACCAGACGACCGGGCCGAAAUACCAGACGGGCGGGCACAGCUACAUGUUUGCUGAGCCGUACAGUGCCUCGGGCAAUGCCCCGGUCAAUGCCUCGAGACCAUUCCCUUGCUAA